UGCUUCAGAGCUGCUCCGCUCCGCAGGCUGAGAGGAUCCGGAGCUGUCGCCGCUCUCUCCGGUAACCCGCACCGAGGUACCGGCGACCUUCCUGCUGCUGCCGGAGCCGCGGGUCAGGCCGCCCUGCCCGGCUGAGGGAGCGACUGGGGCGGGGAGCGGCUUCCCCGGGGAGGGCAGCGGGAGCCAUCGGCCGCUCCCUUCGAAAGUGACCCAAAAGUGUCAGUUAAGAACAAGAUCUCUGGCAUCCCACCCUGUGGAUUAGUAGCAAACAGGCAUAUCAUCUAGAGAUUUCCAGAAAGUGCCUCGAGGAACUUUCCCUACUGUAGAAAAUCCCUACAAGCAAGCCAGUGUGUUUGUUUUCUGGCAACUUGGGAAGCCAAGCUGUCAAAAAUGGCAGAAAAUAAGGAAGGCAACACAAAAAACAGUGACGUGAGACCCAAAAGCAGCCGGAGCAGAAGUGCAGACAGAAAGGAUGGGUAUGUCUGGAGUGGAAAGAAGCUCUCCUGGUCUAAAAAGAGCGAGCACUGUUCUGACACUGAGCCAGCAAGUGAUGUGGGAAGAUCAGGGACUCAUUUAAGGAGCCAAGAGAGGAAGUACAGCUGCUCAUCUAUUGAGCUGGAUCUCGACCGUUCCUGUGGCCAUAGGUUUUUGGGGCGGUCUCUGAAGCAGAAGCUGCAGGAUGCUGUGGGCCAGUGCUUCCCCAUCAAGAACUGUGGCAGCCGGCAUGCCUCGGGAAUGCCAUCCAAAAGGAAAAUUCACCUCAGUGAGUUAAUGCUGGACAAGUGUCCUUUCCCCCCACGCUCAGAGCUGGCUUUUCGGUGGCACUUGAUCAAACGCCACACAGCCCCUCUAAGUCCCAAAGCAGAGGAGUGGAUGAUUACUGACUUAUCCCAGCAGGAGGAAAAGGAGGAUCAGCUGCCAGACGAUGAGAUUGCCAACGGGGGAAUGGACUCUCCCUCCCAGUCCAGUGACUUCACUGACAGCAGCUCCUCAAGGGGUGACCUGAGGUCUGAGUUGGUCACGGGUAAGGUGGUAAGGAGCAGCAAAGAUGAGAGCGAUAUGGACUCUGACGACGAGGCUAUAACACUCUGCACAAGUUCUAGGAAAAGGAAUAAACCCAAAUGGGAAACGGAUGAUGAGCUGCUACGGAUGGAAACACCUCCGAAAUACCACACGCAGAUCGAUUAUGUCCACUGCCUGGUCCCAGACCUCCUACAGAUCAAUAACAACCCCUGCUACUGGGGAGUCAUGGAUAAAUAUGCAGCUGAGGCACUGCUAGAAGGAAAGCCAGAGGGAACAUUUUUAUUACGAGAUUCUGCCCAGGAGGAUUAUUUGUUUUCUGUGAGCUUCAGGCGCUACAGUCGCUCCCUCCACGCCCGGAUAGAGCAGUGGAACCACAACUUCAGCUUUGAUGCCCACGAUCCUUGUGUCUUCCAUUCUCCUGACAUCACUGGACUCCUGGAGCACUACAAAGAUCCAAGUUCCUGUAUGUUCUUUGAACCACUUUUAUCCACUCCACUGAACAGGACUUUUCCUUUUUCUCUCCAGCACAUCUGUAGAACAGUUAUUUGCAACUGCACAACUUACGAUGGCAUCGAUGCCCUUCCCAUCCCUCCAUCAGUGAAGCUGUAUCUGAAGGAAUAUCACUACAAAUCAAAAGUUAGAGUACUCAGGAUUGAUGUACCAGAGCAGCAAAGCUAGGGAAUAUUUUUAUGAAAUGAAAUAGCCUCUAAAGAGACAAAUAGAAUAUUCAGUCUUUUCCUUCCGUCUAGUUUGUUGUUGUUGUUGUUUUUUUAAAUUAUUCUGCAGGUUAUUUCCCACCCAAACUAACUUCUAAGACUUUUUUACCAAAUUGUACUGAGUCUUCCCAGCUCUCUUUUUUAAAAGUUAAAUUCAUUGUGGGCUUUUGGUACUGUUCCCAGACUUAGAGUUUUAGGGAAUUUAAGGUAGGCUUUCUGGUAUUUCUGUAAGUGGGUAGUCUUUAGUUCUAAAAACUCCUGAAAAUCAGUUUUGAACUUGAUCUGUCUUUUGUAUUGUAAUUUGCAUAUGUUGCUGACAUCUUUGAAAUUAUGCACUGUUAACUAAAGGUUGACUCAUCUGUAUUUUCUGCAUUUCUUUUAAAACAAGUGCUCUGGCCUCUC